AUGGGACUCACCAUGUCCUGGCCCUCAGUUCUGAAGGGUCUCCUUGCUGUCUGCAUCUUCACUCACUUAUUUGUCAGCUCUGUGGUUCCAACCAUAAGCCUAAGGAGUCUGAAGAAAGGCUGUUCUAAAGAUGGGUGUACUGAACUAGCAUUCUCAGUAACACUGGGAAACCAUCGGACAUUUAGAUAUGACCACCAAUGCUGCAACACUGAGAAGUGCAACAAGCAGUCCAAGCCGGUGUCUCUACCAUCUCACGAAUACAACGGAGUUGAAUGCCUUGCCUGCUACAGUUAUGAUGCCGCCCGGUGUGACACAGUUUCCCUGAAGUGCACAGGGGUAGAGACGAAGUGUCUUGAGGUUGCUGGCACAGAGGUGACUGACGCCGUUUCCCACUCUAUGAUACAAGGAAUGGGUUGUGCCACUGAAACUGCCUGCAACUUGAAGAAUAUGACCGUCAUGGAAAAUGUACAAAUCAAUACCCACUGCUUCUCGGGGAGCCCUCCACUCAGGCCCAUCUCAUCUGUUCUGACUAGUCUCUUCCUGAUGGAAGCCUUGCUUUGUCCUUUGGGGACUGUCACUUCCAUGAUCCUUCUUCACAUCUAA